CUAGGCAACAUAUGAUAACAGAAAAAAAGGAUGAAAUAGAACUUAUAAAUGAGAACUCGGAGGAGACUGGUGAUCCUGAAAUAGAACAUUUCAUUGAUGAUCUUCUAUCGCGUGAGGGCACUGAGGAGGAGGAGGAGGAGGAGAGACUUCUAACUCCUGACCAAAAAAAUGAGAGGACCAGUCCGUCCAAUGAAUCACUCGUUCCUGCAGAAAAGGAAGAAUCUGCCCUACGGAUCAACAAUAAGGAAUAUAUGGAUCAGCUACAUGAACUACAGGCUGAGAAUGAAGAGCUUAGACAGCUAAAUGGUCAGCUGCAGAAGAAAAUAGCGGAAUACCUCAGCAAGAAGACAAGUGCCAAACUGGAAGGAGAAAUCUCAGGACAGGAGCAGUACCAAAGGUACAUGGAGCUCAUGGAGGACAAGAGAGGGCAGCACCACCGUGACUCAGAGCUCCACCAACAGCAGACUAAGGAGCUCCGCCAGCAGAGCUUAGAGAAACUGAACAUGGUGAACCAGGAGUUUAGAUCAUUUGAUAAACUGAAAUAUGAAGCUGCCAUGACAGCCCUGACUGGUAAGGUGGGCAAACAGGCAGCACUGGCAAAGGUGGAGCAGCUGCAGGCUGAUGGACUGAAGCAGGUAGACAAGCUGGCAUGCGUGCGUCUCAACACUAUCAAGCUCAAGAACAAAAUAUGUCAGAUUGAGAUGGCACUUAGAUCCAAACGGGAGCUGGCUGAUGGCUUGCUGCUGAUGGACUUUGAGCAGCUCAAAGCAGAGAACAAGACAUUUAAAGAAGAGAUGCAGGAGCGCAACGAGGAGCUACGUAUUCUAAAAACGAAGGUUUCCUGCGCUGUGCUGGGCAUUUCUCAUGUGAAAGAGAAGCUGCACUUCAUGGAGAUAGAGAAAAAGGCCAAACACACUGAACUUGCUAAGGCAGAGAAAUUGGUGGCUCUUAAACGUGAAGCACUGAUACAUACCCGACUGGUUCGUGAUGACCUACGGGCAGACAAUCUAAAGCUGCAGCAGCGCUGUGGCCUGCUGGGAAACACCAGACUACUGCGGGACUAUGAGGAGAAGGUUGACACCUCUGAAUGCCUGCAGCAGAGACUGGAGAUGUUAAAAAGACGUCACGCUGAGCUCAUGCUGAAGUGUGCCGGAGUGAAGCAGAAGAUUGAGCAAAGCAAACCAGAGUCCCAGUGACUUGACAUGUGCACUUUGUGCCCCUUAAUUGUAAAUGUAAUGUGUAACUUGACAAAGAAACAUAAACAAGAGGGAAAAUGUCUAGUGAGAAAUACUGAGAAAUAAUACUUGUCAUCAAAUGUAGCCUAUCAUCUUAGCAUUGUUGUUUUUUUGUUGUGAUUUGCACAGUGCCAGCAGAUGGCGAUAUUUCUUAUGACUUACCUUGCCAGCUAAUUGUCCUGUGUUCUAAAAAAAUCUGAUAUCACUACCUGAUAUUUUGGCAUCUGUUGAUAUUUAAGCCUAUUUAAAAUAAACAAGUGCUUAUAAAGGUUUGUGGUUAACAAACAAUGUUAACCACACUGUUUUCUGAUCUAGUUUACUGUAUCAAUAAUUCACAAAGGCAGCAUUAUUUGACAAAACUACUAAGACAGUAAGAACAUGUACAUGGUCAGAGAAGAUUUUACUGCUGAGCAACCUGCAUCAGUGCAUGCUCUAAUAACUGAAAGCAUCAGUUUAAGGAUUGCAUGUCUGUAUUUAAAUGCUUAUACAGAUAUGUGAUAUAGAUGAAUAAAUAAACAACAACAAAAGGUAACAUAUAGUCAGGUUGGGUUGAUUAUUCAUACUUGGACACAGACCUAUUAAACAUCCUACUACCUUAACCUUUUAGAAUUCCUGCCAAAUUAGCCUAAAACGCCUAAAAAGGCCUAUCCAAAGUUAUAAAGCAAUCUCAUGUAGGGGUUUUCCCAGAAGAGAGAUUCCGCUAUCACCAUGGUAAAUGAAAAGAAACUCAAUUAGUUCAUAUUCAUCUGCUCACCAUUAUUCUGACUGUUCCAUUACUCACUGUCAAUAAAUACCCUGUUUGGGUUUAACCUUAUCUCUGUCUCCGAGUCUGGUGUUCCCUGACAGUAGACGAGACCAUA